AUGUCGUUCCUCCUAAGCUGCUUUGCUAUUCUUGGGCACUUUGUGGUCGCUAUUGCUCAUGAUGACUCUUGCGACGCUUCUUUAUUGCAGCUGCAGGAGAAACUGGACAGAAGCCAGCUGAAUUUCAGCGACAACCCUUAUAUUCUGCAUUUCCGAAAAGCGGAGACGGCAGGACAAAAGAAGACAUCACAAGCAGAGCUGCCAAUUGUGAUGAUGCAUGGCAUGGGCGACUACGGCAGCAACCCAGCGGGCAUGGUACCUAUGCAAAACAUGCUGGCCGGCAUAGCCAACACCUACGUGCACAGCGUUGAGCUUUGCUCGAAUCCUGAUCAGUUGUCACACUGUUCUGAUGACGACCAACAGAACGGCUUUUUCAUGACCAUGGAGAAGCAAGUAGAUCAAUUUGCUCGAGUUGUGCGAGCAGAUUCCGAGUUGUAUCGUGGAUUCAACGCUCUAGGAUUCUCACAGGGCAACACCGUCAUCCGGGGCUACAUCCACAAGUACAAUGAUCCACCUGUGAACACCUUCCUGUCUAUACAUGGUGUUUUGAUGGGUGUGAAUGGGGUGCCAGACUGUCCAUUGACAUCUGGGCUCUGUCGCCUUUUGACAUCGAUCAUCUCACAUGUGGGUAUAUAUUCUUCGUUUGUGCAAGAUCAUUUGGCACAGGCCAACUAUUUCCGGGACGCUGCCAAUUUGAAGGCAUACAGAGCUUCAUGUCAUUUCCUGCCAUUCAUCAACAAUGAGAUUCAGGGGCCAGGGAACCAGAAUUCAGUCCACAAAAGCAACUUUGAGUCGCUUCAGAAACUGGUGCUUGUCAUGGCGCAAAAUGACAGCAUGGUGCACCCAAAGGAGAGUGAGCACUUUGGCUACUUCAAGGAUGGCUCUCGCACUGAGCUGGUGACUAUGCGUGAUGCACCUUGGUACAAAGAUGACUGGUUCGGAUUGAAGAGCUUGGACGAGGCAAAGAAGAUCGACUUUUAUUCCACGCCAGGUGAUCACCUUCGUUUCAGUAAGGAGUUUCUCCAUGAACUGGUUGCGCGCUACUUUGCGUCGAACAAGCCGCCAUAG